GGGACUGAGCAUAAUACACUGGCUGGAUACAGCCUCACGUACGGGACGGAGAAUAAUACAUUGGGUGGAUACAACCUCACGUACGGGACUGAGCAUAAUACAUUGGGCGGAUACAGCCCUGCAUACGUGACAGAGCAUAAUACACUGGGUGGAUACAGCCCUGCGUACGUGGCUGACCAUAAUACACUGGGUGGAUACAGCCUCACGUACGGGACUGAGCAUAAUACAUUGGGUGGAUACAGCCUCACAUACGGGACUGAGCAUAAUACAUUGGGCGGAUACAGCCCUGCGUACGGGACUGAGCAUAAUACACUGGCUGGAUACAGCCUCACGUACGGGACGGAGAAUAAUACAUUGGGUGGAUACAACCUCACGUACGGGACUGAGCAUAAUACAUUGGGCCGAUACAGCCCUGCGUACGUGGCUGAGAAUAAAACACUGGCUGGAUGCAGCACAGACCACAUGACGGAGCAUAAUACACUGUGUGGAUACAGCCCUGCAUACGUGGCUGAGAAUAAAACACUGGCUGGAUGCAGCACAGACCACAUGACGGAGCAUAAUACACUGCGUGGAUACAGCCCUGUGUAUGGGGCUGAACAUAAUAUACUGGAUGAAUACAGCCCAGUGCAUGUGGUAUAG